AUGGAGUGGGUGGAGCUCAUGGAGUGGGUGGAGCUCAUGGAGCUGGUGGAGUGGGUGGAGCUUAUGGAGUGGGUGGAGCUUAUGGAGUGGGUGGAGCUCAUGGAGUGGGUGGAGCUUAUGGAGCUCAUGGAAAUCCUUUUUGAAUUUUGUCUCGAAUCUAAUCCUGAAAACUUUGAGUUUUAUUUUGGCAGCAGACCGUCUCCUAUUGGUCGACCUCUGAAUCUCCCCGGGCCAACAGCCAAUCAGAAAGCAGCAUGUGAAUCUAGCAGCUCUGUUCCCAGUCUAACCAGUUUGUCCCAGUCUGGUUCGUCCCACGUCGUCUCACCAAUCAGGAACAAGGAGCAGGCGGGCCUCACCUGCUCUCUGUGCCACAGGAAGUUCUCCUCUAAGCUGACCCUGAGGCGCCACCUGGGCGUCCACGGAGCGGAGAAACCGUUUUCCUGUCCUCACUGUCCCUACAGCAGCAGGCUGAAGGCCUCGCUGAGCCAACACCUGAGGACUCACACAGGUGAGAAGCCGUUCAGGUGUGCCGAGUGUCCGUACGCCUCCAUCGACCGCAGCUCCCUGCUCCGACACAGCAGGACUCACAGCCAGGUGAAGCCGUACCGCUGUCAGCUCUGUGGCUACAGCAGCAUCCAGAAGAAGAGCCUGGACCUCCACGCCCGCCGGCAUCACACAGGUGAGGCGUUUCCAUGCCAACAGUGCGAGUACUCCAGCCCGGACCGCCAGCUGCUGCUGAAACACAUGCGAAGACGCCACGCCCCCUCCCUGCUCCCUGCAAUCUGAUUGGACGAUACCUCACCAGGAACACCUGGAGCACACCUGGAACAUACCUGGGACCCCUGGAACAUACCUGGGACCCCUGGAACAUACCUGGGACACCUGGAACAUACCUGGGACCCCUGGAACAUACCUGGGACACCUGGAACAUACCUGGGACCCUGGGCGGGUUUGCGUCAGAGUUCCAGGUGAGCUGGAAGACGCCGCACUAGCAGGACCUGCAUGUCCACCUGGGCAUCGGAGCAGAAGAGUUGAGAAACGGCAGCAUUAGCUACAGAGGACCUUGAUGACGUCAUCAUGGUCACAUGACCCCUGGCAGCGCUGCACCAGGUCAACGUGAGCCUCACCUGGACUUGGAGACAAAGGUUAGGGUCGCUGUGUCUUUAAGGCGCCCUGCAGGGGGAGCUGGAGCUCCGUUAGCCGCCUGCUAACACUUGAUUUGACGGAGCGCAUAGAGACAAAGCGCAUAGAGACAAAGCGCAUAGAGACAAAGCGCAUAGAGACAAAGCGCUGCCAUGACGGUCCUGGACAUGAAGAGUCUUUAUGUUGUUAUUCGGUAAAUUAUGACACUUUUCAUGCAAAGUUGCUCUAAAUGAAAUGAAAUGUGCCAAAUUGGCAUUAAGUUGUCAUUAUUUAUAAAAGCAUGCAGAGCUGGGACUUUUAGUGCAGCUUUUCAUUAGGUUGUCAUGACAACAGGCAUAAAGACUGGUUCGUAGCGCCGCCUGCUGAUCAUGUGAUCAGAGUCCAGCUGCUGCGUUCACUGACCUGUAGAUGUUGUGGGAAAUCUGAUUGAGUAAAACACAAAUAAACGAUCAAAGAUU